GAUAAAACUAAUAAGCAGAUAGUGUCUGUCAUUAUCGAGUAGAGGAGUGGUAGAUUAGACAAGUUCCGACACUCAACGACUCAUUGGAAACAGUGUCAUCUGCUUUUUGGCCUCAAGCACUUCAUAAAUGAGAUACAUCAGCCGCCACUUACUCGGCUUCACUUCUAAAAUCAUUCACACUAGGAACGUCGACUUCUCCCAGUCAUUUCAUCUCAGCGCUGCGAAUUCGAAGAUGGCGCCCCCCAAGUCAACCGUCGAUUUCCUCGACUUUGUCAAUGCCUCGCCCACUCCGUUCCAUGCCGUUCAGUCCUCAAUUCAACGUCUCGAAAAGGCGGGUUUCUCGAAGAUCAAGGAGCGUGACAGUUGGUCCUCGACUUUGGCUCCUGGUGGAAAGUACUACAUGACACGAAACGGAUCGACCAUUGUAGCCUUUGCCAUCGGGUCGAAAUGGAGACCCGGAAACCCGAUUGCCAUGGUUGGCGCUCACACCGAUAGCCCCUGUCUACGACUCAAGCCCGUGAGCAAGAAGACUGCCGCGGGGUUCAUGCAGGUCGGCGUCGAGACGUACGGUGGCGGCAUUUGGACGAGUUGGUUCGAUCGAGAUCUGAGCAUAGCAGGGCGCGUGUCGGUCAGGGACAGUGAGGGCAACUUUGUCUGGAAGCUUGUCAAAAUUGACCGCCCCAUAAUCCGCAUUCCCACGCUCGCCAUUCACCUCCAUCGCCAGUCCAACUUCGAUCCUAACAAGGAGACAGAAUUACUCCCCAUCACCGGCUUGGUUGCUGCCGAGCUCAAUCGGACUGGAAACAAGGCCUCAGAGGGUUCUGGCUCUGCUGCGGCAACUAAAGACGAGGCUUUUCAGCCACUCAAACAAAUGACUGAGCGUCAUCACCCAUAUAUCCUGGAACUAGUCGCUGAAGAAGCUGGUGUUGAUUUUCAAGACAUUGUUGACUUCGAGCUUGUGCUUUACGACGUUCAGAAGGCAUGUCUAGGAGGACUGAACGAGGAGUUUAUCUUUUCGGCUCGGCUCGAUAAUCUUAACAUGACCUAUUGCAGUGUUAUGGGCCUCAUCGAAUCUGUUUCGUCCACCAGUCUCGAAGAUGAGUCUUGCAUCCGUCUAAUCACUUGCUUCGACCAUGAAGAGAUUGGUUCGACCUCCGCCCAGGGUGCCGAUUCAGAUCUACUACCAGCCGUGUCCUGGGAGCACGUCAGCUCGGAUCCAGACAUUGAUCUUCGUACCGCCUACGAGCAGACUGCCUCGUCUUCCUUCCUCGUCUCGGCAGACAUGGCCCAUUCGGUCAAUCCUAACUACAUAUCCAAAUACGAAUCGGACCAUACGCCCGAGAUGAAUAAGGGUACGGUCAUCAAGGUCAACGCCAGUCAGCGCUACGCCACUAACUCUCCUGGCAUUGUCCUGAUCCAGGAGAUGGCCAAGCGGGCGGGCGUGCCUCUUCAGCUCUUCGUUGUCCGAAACGAUUCAACGUGCGGAAGCACCAUAGGCCCCAUGCUCUCGGCUAAGAUGGGAGUCCGCACACUUGAUCUUGGCAAUCCUCAACUUUCUAUGCAUUCGAUCCGAGAAACUGGAGGAACCUACGACGUUGAGCAUGCCAUCAAGCUCUUCAACGCGUACUUGUCCCAUUACUCCGAGCUUGAACCCAGGAUCUUGGUAGACUGAGCGAGUACCAUCUGACGAGAUGAAUGACGCACCAGAGUGCACUGAAUACCAGUUUAUAGUAGAGUAGGAAGUAAAGAAAAUUAGUACAAGGUAAUCAUUUCACCGGGUUAGUAAUAGAGUAUUGUGCCAUUACAUAUCAUAGCACCCUCGGUGGGCCGGUUGUCUUGUUAUUG